AUGGACCCUUCUUCAGCAGACCAGUUCCUCAACAAAUCAGCCGUUUACAAUCAGUUCAUCGCUGUCACUGAUCGCCAUGGUCAACAGAGCCAGUUUCCCCUAUGGUACGUCGACACUCUGAUUGUGGAUGCCGUCAUCCAUGGCAUCAUUCCAGGAGUCCAGUUUGGUGCCAGCUUGAUCAUCUUUCUCGCACUGGUACUUCUUUCUAAGCACGACAAGCGCCGCUCACCUGUCUUUGUCUUCAACACCGCCGCCUUGUUCUUCAACAUCAUCUACGCUCUGUUGCAAUGUUGCAUUGUGACCAGCAGCUGGUGGGACAUCUACCCCAUCUUGGUGGGUGACUACGGUGUGGUAACGCCAGCAGCACAACGUUUGACGGUGGCAGUCGCUGUCUUUGUCACACUUGUGGCCCUGUGCAUCGAGGUUUCGUUGGUUUUCCAGGUUCACGUGGUCAGCGUCACGUUGAAAACAUGGCAGAAGAUGUCCAUCCUGGCCGUCUCCUCGUUUGUGGUAGUCAUAGCCAUGGGAUUUCGUAUCGCCCAGUCAGUCGUGUCGGUGAGGUGCAACAAUAAAGCGGAUGCCUUUUGCAGCAACACGACCUGGCUCGCCAAGGCAAAAGACAUCAGCUUGACAGUGAGCAUCUGUUUCUUCAGUGCAAUCUUCUGCGCCAAGUUGGGCUGGUCGCUUCGCGAACGUCGCAAGCUGGGCAUGAAGCAGUUUGGCAGCAUGCAAAUUAUCUUCAUUGGUGGGUUUCAAACCAUGUUCAUUCCAGCAAUCUUCUCGCUCAUCCAGUUCAUCAAAGCUGAGAAUAUUCCCAACAUUGGCACAAAUAUCCUGACGGCAACUUGCAUUUCACUGCCAUUGACGUCGAUUUGGGCUGCUUCUCACGCGUCUUCACCAUCUAAGGCCGCCCGUGGACACGACUUCCAUCGCAAAUUCCUUGUCGACUCGAGCACCGCCGGCUCUACCCUCCGCAAGAACAGUGAAGCGCAUCAAUGGUCGCCAUCUCAGACGACAUCGCAGCCCACUGCAAGAGAAAGACUGGGCGUACUGAACAGUGUUGACAGCAGAUCUGAUGUCAGCAGCUGGGCCAAAUACAGCCCAGGCAUGAGACAAACCGUCGGGGUGAGAGACGUGGACCGUGAUCUGGAGAUGCAGGAACUGAAGGAGAGGGACUGA